GCCAGUGUCGCGACUGCUUCAUUUGUUAGUUAACCUGUUGCCCAUUUCCUCUCACGUCUGGGCAUAGACAAGCUUGUGUAUAUACAGUUUUCUACAAGCUAAUUUCAGUGGACCUUUUUGAUACUUGUUUUCUAAGGGGUAAUUUUCAGAAAUCGACAAAAUAUGCGUCUGUGGGUGAAACAUGCUCGCCAAGUCGUUCGAAUUGUUUCUGAUUCUGACGCAUGCAGAGAAUAUUUGGCUGGACCGGCUCAAAAGAAUUGCAAUUUAGCGAUUUUGGAAGAGAAGGAUGGUAUCGGCCUGUCAGUCAUCAUUGAUCGGGAUGGACUGAUUGCUGAUAUUGGUUAUGAUGAUGUAAUGGAACUUAAAUACAAAAACCAAACAAUAGAAGAAAUCAUCGACGCUACGGGACGCAGCGUUCUGCCCGGCUUAGUUGAUGCCCACACUCAUCCUGUCUGGGCUGGCGAUCGAGUGCAUGAGUUUUCCAUGAAGCUGGCCGGCGCGACUUAUAUGGACAUAUACGAAGCAGGGGGAGGCAUCCAUUUCACCGUCAAUCAUACCCGAAAUGCAAGCGAGGACGAAUUAUACGGCCUACUUAAACAACGUUUAACGCGCAUGCUCGCCAACGGCACUGUGCUGGUGGAAGGCAAAUCGGGUUACGGCCUGGAUGCGGAGAAUGAGAUCAAAAUGUUGCGCGUGCUGGAACGGGCCAAACGUGAAUUACCCAUCGACAUUUCGUCUACGUUUUGUGGAGCUCACGCUGUGCCCAAGAAUCAAACAGCAGAGGAGGCUACUCUGAAUGUGUUGAAUGAACAGCUGCCGAAAGUUAUGCUGAUGCAAGAAAAUGGAGAACUACACGUUGACAGUAUUGAUGUCUUCUGCGAGAAAGGCGUAUUUGACGUGGAACAGUCACGUAGGAUUCUGGAGGCUGGGAGACGAGCUGGUCUGCGUCUCAACUUCCACGCAGAUGAACUGACACCCAUCAAUGGCACAGAGAUGGGAGCUUCACUUGGUGCCGAAGCUAUGAGCCAUCUGGAAGAGAUUAGUCCGGAAGGAAUAGCCGCUAUGGCCGCCAAACCUUCGAUUGCAGUCAUAUUGCCAACCACUGCGUAUCUUCUUCGUUUGAAACCUCCACCAGUUCGCCAAAUGAUCACACAAGGCGUACCUGUAGCUCUCGGUUCCGAUUUCAACCCAAACGCUUACUGCCUUUCCAUGCCGCUGGUGAUGAAUCUCGCUUGCGUCAUGUUUCGGAUGACUUUGCCGGAAGCUCUGGUUGCUGCCACCAUUAACGCAGCCGCUGCGUUGGGCAAACAGAAAACGCAUGGAUCGCUUGAAGUAGGAAAGUAUGGAGAUUUGCUCAUUUUGAACGCACCAAGGUGGGAACAUCUUGUUUAUCAAAUGGGUGACAAUCAACAAGUGAUUGGGCAGGUGAUCAAACGCGGCCGUGUAAUUGACCGGACCGUUAAUUAAUCUUGGAACGCAUCGUAGAGUUUAUAACCUUUGGUUUAAAGAAAUAUGGCGUAUAACAA